AAGAUCCGAAAUUUAACAGUUGACAGGUGCUAAGAUGCGAUCACCCCCAGAGACUUCUCCGCGACUUAACCCACAGAGACUCUUUCGUCUCUUCCUCUGGAGUGGACCUUCGGCAGCUUAGGCCGGCGACCGAGGGAAAGCGACGGCGAUCGGAGCCACACCGAGGCAGAUCGAAAGAGCUUCUUGCUCUGAUUGUUUCGGUGAUCUCCGGCAGCCCGGAGGCGGCGGCGAAGGGGAGCUGGGGCUAUGGUGGGAAGCCGGCCAUGGCGAUUUUGUAGAUAAGAUGGCUGCGGGGAUCGCUUGUUUUCUUCUCCUGGUUCUGGUUCAACGAGCCUGUGGUGAUGACCGGCCAGUGGAUGCGACGAAGGAGUUGAGGAAUCAGUUGCUGGUGAGAAACCCAGGAAACAAAAUUCUGGAGAAAUGGCAUGGGGACCCGUGCUUGCCUUCUCCUUGGGAAGGUUUGACCUGCGAGAAGAGGAAUAAUAUGAUUGUCAUCACUAAGCUGAAUCUGUCAUCGAAGAGUUUGCAAGGGCCACUUCCUACAGCCAUUGGUUACCUAACGGAAUUAGAGGAGCUGGAUGUGCAGAACAAUAACUUCACAGGGUCCAUUCCGGAAUCUUUUGCCUCUCUCCACCAUUUAUCAAAACUGUAUAUCGGGUGCAACCGACACUUAAGCAGUGAACUCCCGCCUGCCUUAGUGACGGCGAAUCUUACUAUAGGUUCUGAAAGCUGUGCUGAUCGAGAUCAUUGUCACCCAGAGUCUUCUCAACGAACUGUUUACUUGAUAAGUACUGUUGCUGGAGGAUCUGUGGCCUUUACUCUUGUGCUUGGAAUAUUUUUCACUUGUUUCCACAGACGUGCACGCCAACCUGAUAAGCGAAGUUUCCCAAUUAUAAAGAAUCCAGUUUUCUCAGAGUCCAGCACUCUUGACCCUCAUUCAAGCCCUGUGGUACAGCAGUUCUCUCUUAAGUAUAUUGAUAAUGCCACAUGCCACUACAAAACCUUGAUAGGAGAGGGUGGAUUUGGAGCUGUGUACCGUGGUACUCUGCCACAUGGUCAAGAAGUAGCAGUAAAGGUUCGAUCAGCCACCUCCACUCAGGGAACCCGUGAGUUUGAUAAUGAGGUAAACCUUCUUUCGACUAUUCGGCAUGAGAAUUUGGUCCCACUUCUUGGAUACUGCUGUGAAAAUGAUCAACAAAUUCUAGUUUAUCCCUUCAUGUCUAAUGGUUCACUACAAGAUCGUCUCUAUGGGGAGGCAGCCAAAAGAAAGGCUCUUGAUUGGCCAACCAGACUCUCAAUUGCUCUUGGUGCUGCACGAGGCUUAAUGUAUCUGCACACUUUUGUUGGACGGUGCAUCAUACACCGGGAUGUAAAGUCAAGCAACAUUCUUUUAGAUGACACCAUGUGUGGCAAGGUGGCCGAUUUUGGCUUUUCUAAAUAUGCACCACAAGAGGGAGACAGUGGUGCUUCUCUGGAAGUGAGGGGAACUGCUGGAUACCUGGAUCCAGAAUAUUAUUCGACCCAGCAGCUAUCAACCAAAAGUGAUGUCUUCAGCUUUGGAGUGGUUCUUUUAGAAAUUAUAACUGGAAGAGAGCCUCUAAAUAUACACAGGCCACGCAAUGAGUGGAGCUUAGUUGAAUGGGCAAAACUAUUCAUUAGGGAAUCAAGGAUUGAAGAAAUUGUAGAUCCUAGUAUAAAGGGUCAGUACCAUUCAGAGGCAAUGUGGAGGGUGGUAGAGGCUGCAUUAGCAUGCACCGAGCCCUUCUCAUCCUACCGCCCCAGCAUGGUGGAUAUUGUCCGGGAGCUGGAGGAUGCAUUGAUAAUUGAGAACAACGCCUCGGAAUAUAUGAGGUCCAUUGAAAGCAUGGGAGGGUCCAAUCGCUUUUCAGUGGAGAGGAAAAUAUUUGCUCCAUCUUCAGUACCUACUGAACCAUCUUCAACUCACUGUCAAACCAUUGCUGCUCCACUUCCCAGAUAGUUAUGCAUGGAUCAUCAGACAAAUGGUGGAACACUAAACAAAAUUCAGUUAUAGACAAACAGAUUGUUGUGAAACCAUUUUCAGUUUCAUGUAUUUAUUUAUGGUAAAUGAGAAGUAGUUGGUGGGGCAUCUCUCUCUUAAUUUUUUUUGGGGAAAACUUGGUGGGGCAUCUUAGGCACAAGGAAUUGCAGGGAAGUGCAUGAUCCUUGUGUUGGUUUUCUAUCACCAGUACAUGUAUAAACAAUUUGUGGCUAUCAAUGCUUUAGCCACUUUUCUGAGAAAAUUACAUCAAACCAUCUUUCGCUACUAAAUGCCAAAUUUACAUCCUGUUGCUUUUUAAUUAA